AGCAGGCACCGGGCCACCAGGCGGAGCAGCGGGUGCCGGGCCCCCAGGCGAAGCGACAGGCAUCGGGCCCCCAGGCGGGGCGGCGGGCACCGGGCCCCCAGGCGGGGCGACGGGCAUCGGGCCCCCAGGCGGGGCGACGGGCAUCGGGCCCCCAGGCGGGGAGACGGGCAUCGGGCCCCCAGGCGGGGCGACGGGCAUCGGGCCCCCAGGCGGAGCGGCGGGCACCGGGUCAUCAGGCACGACAACGGGCAUCGGGUCACCAGGCAUCAGGUCAUUUGGCUCGCCAGUGGGCACCGCGUCAUCUGGCAAGGCAGUGGGCACCGAGUCACCAGGCACGACAGUGGGCUCCAAGUCAACUGGCAUGACCGCGGGCACUGGGUCAGACAUUUGAUCGUCUGGCUGGACAGCGGGCAUCGGGUCACCAGGCCGGAUCGUCUGGCUCAACAGCGGGCACUGGGUCAUCAGGCGUGAUAGGAUCAUCAGGCUGGAUCGGAUCAUCAGGAUGGAUCAGUUCAUCAGGCUGGGUACAGACAUCAGGCUGGGUACAGACAUCAGGCUGGGUACAGACAUCAGGCUGAAGUGCGGGUGC